AUGCCCUCCACUCUCCUCCGCAGCGGAAGUGAACACUCCAGAGACAGACAUUGUUUAGUUAGGCACGGGACUGGUGCGGAGCUUUCAGGGGAGUUUGUUAUGGAAGGUGGCGGGGAGACCGCCAAUGUCACGGAGGGGUCCGGCCUGAGGAAGCGCGGGAGGGCGGAGUGCGAUGGUCCAGGGAGACACGACGGCCCGAAGAGAGACAAGUGCAGGAGGGACAAUAUUGCCGAGCUGUACUUGAAGCUCCGUCCUAUGGUCCCCGGCGUGUGCCCCAAGGCUCCAAGGGCAGAACUUUUGCGGGAAGCGUUUCUUUACAUCAAGUUCCUUGAAGAGGAGAGGGUAAGGUUGGAGAAGCUGAAGAUGUCGUCGGCCCAAGUAAUAGCCAACAGCUCAUCGAUUAGCGUUGCUUUGUCCGACACCAACCUCGCUGUCUUUGCAAUCACAUCGUCUGUCCGACGAAAUUUGGUGACCAACAUCAUUAGUGUCUUCGGCCAACAUCAAGCAGAAAUUCUUGCUGCUAAUGUCAUGGCUCAGGAAGGGUGGAUGAGUAUGACAGUGACGGCUUCCGUGAAUGAUGUGGCAGACGGUGCUAUUGAGAAGAUUAAGCAGGACAUUCUCAUGGUGUGAACCAUGUAAGGGUCUUGAUUUCGUACACUUAGAUUAGAUCUCAUGUUUUUCUGCAUAUAUAUAGGGAAAUAGGAAGGAAGGAAAUGUGUGUGAUUCUCAGUAAAAGCAUUAUUAUCAUAGUAAAGAAGCACUAACUCCU